AUGUUUGGCUCGGGGAAAUCCUCGUCUUCCGACAACGGUAGCAAGGACGAGAUAGUCCUGCUACCGAUCGAGACCAAGACGGGCAUCCUGCGCGUUACCGAGAUCGAGACUAAAGUCCACGACCCCAACGGCAAUCAAGUCCCCGUCCAGGACUCGACCUUUGACCUCCCCGACAACCACCCUAACAAAAAUGCCAUCGAGGUGCUAUGGCUCCCACGCGGGUCUCACAGCUCCGACGACACGGGCGAGAAGGUCCGUCGCGCGCUGAACAACGAGAAGGACAUGACGAUUCUGGGCUGCUGCAAGCAAUUCCCCAAAGCCAUCUUCUGGUCGCUACUACUCUUCCUCACGGUCGUGAUGGAGGGGUACGACAAGAGUCUCGUUGCUGGAUUCGUGGCGUUUCCGGCUUUUAGACGGCGGUAUGGAGAGCUGUACGACACGGAGAAUGGGCCCAUGUAUGAGAUCUCACCACUGUGGCAGACGGCUCUCCAGGUCUCGGCUAUUGCGUGUGAGGUUAUCGGUCUCUUGCUUCAUGGUUGGAUCACCUAUAGUAUUGGGUACAAGAAGAUGAUGCUUAUCAGUCUCGCUUGGAUGUGUCUUGCUGUGUUCCCGGCUUUCUUUGCGCAUAACAUUGCUGUUUUGGUUGCCUCUCAGGCUCUUUGUGGUGUCGCAUGGGGUGUCAUUCAAACACUGGCAGCUACCUACGCCGCCGAGGUUGUCCCAUCAGCCAUCCGUGCCUGUCUUCUCAGUAACGUCAACAUGUGCUGGGUCAUCGGUCAACUUCUUGGCACUGGUAUCCUCCGCUCCCUCGUCCACAACGACUCGGAAUGGAGUUAUCGCCUGCCCUUUGCCCUGCAGUGGGCUUUUGCAGUUCCUCUCCUCAUCGGCAUCGCAUUUGCGCCGGAGAGUCCUUGGUGGCUCAUCCGUCGUGAGAGAAAGGUUGAGGCGAGACAUGCUUUGCAGCGUCUUACUAAGCAAUCUCAGCUCGACAUCGACGACACCAUUGCUGUCAUGGAGCAUACCAACCGUAUUGAACGCAAGCUCAACUACGGUGGCUCUUCCUACUUGGAUCUGUUCAAGGGUGCUAACCUUCGACGUACUGAGAUCUGUUGCAUGGUUUGGUCCGUCCAGGCUCUCUGCGGUUGGAUCCUGACUGGCUACGCCCCCUACUUCCUCGAGCAGGCCGGCUUUGACUCUUCCAAGUCAUUCAGUCUGUCAACUGGCAUGUACGGCAUGGCUUUGGUCGGAGGCAUCAUCUCUUGGUUUCUGCUAUCUCAUAUCGGCCGUCGUAAGCUAUACCUUAUUGGUCUUGCUGCUGCCGUUAUCAUGCUCACGACCGGCGGCAUUAUCUCCGUCGUGCUCGGGGGCCAGAAAGGUCUGAACUGGUCUCUCGGGGCAAUUCUCAUCACCACAACCUUCCUUUACAACCUGACCAUCGGCCCAACCUGCUACGUCAUUGUCGCCGAAAUUCCCUCUACCCGUCUCCGAGUCAAGACCAUCGCCCUUGCGCGAGUUGUCUACAAUGUUUUCAUGAUCAUCAACAACGUUGUUGUUCCUCAAAUGCUGAACCCCACCGCGUGGAACAUGCAGGGCAAGUCCUGCUUUGUCUACGCGGCCACAGCGCUUCUUUGUUUCAUUUACUGCUACUUCCGUCUCCCUGAGACUAAGGGUCUCUCGUACCUUGAAUUGGACAUGUUGUUUGAGAAGGGAGCCCCGACAGCCAAGUUUAAGGAGUUGCAGCAGAGGUUGGCUAACUCAGCAUACUUGACUGUGGACCGGGCGGAGCGCAUGAGGAAUGCUUGGCAUGGUUGGCUCACAUACUCAUAA